AUGUCUGUGAAUAUCCCCGACAUCGUCUGGAGCGCCAUGAGAGCCCUAGGCCUCAACACAAGCUCCCCAGAGGACGAUGAUGAGCCGAUCCAGCAUCACGCAGAGCACCACCAGUACGAGCCCAGCCCGAUUGACAUUGCCGUGGUCAGGGCCAUGCUGUGCCGCACCAAGAAGCUGCCGCCGGACCUGAUCGACGCCAUCUUCGACUUUGGCGAGUACUGGGCUCACUCCACCACGCAGCUGCAUGAGAGCAUCUUCAUUAGUGGCGGUAACCCAGAUAGAGAAGAUAAAUUCCUGCUUCGAUCAUAUCCGCUGGGUCUGGUAGAUGCCGGAGCUCGACAGAAUGCCAACGACCAGCCAUACACCACCGCCUUGCCUACGCCUCGUCCCCUAGGCGAGAGUCUCGACUCCAGCUUCUUCGCAAAGGCUGCAAAGUACCCUGUGCCGCGCAUCACGCAUCCUGCACGAAAGGUGGUUUUCUCAUUCAGGAGCCAGGACCAAGGAUGGGUGACUAGCUCCGACGACGCUCAGGACCCGUAUUCGAAGUCGUGGACGUGGUUUGAUGCGGGAUUGGAGAAGUUUGACGCAUCUGGUGCUGAAGAUGGAUCAAUACCCUCUGUCAACUCGCUUCGGCCACUUUACCCUCAUAUUAGGCAGACUUCAUCCAACCCAGCCGGCUACAACUACGCGCACAAGCUGCUGCAUGCACCUGAAUGGGAGAUUCAACGGAACAAGACAGCAUUCGGAAAAUGGCAAGAUCAUUCCAUCACGUGGUCUUAUCUAGACGACAUCGCACCCGACUCAGAAGGCGGCCAGGCUCUCGUGGCAAAGGGCAGAGGGCGCGAGACGGGCGACGGAAAGUUUGUUAGGGAGCUGCAGGUCGGCGAUGUUGUUACGGUCUGGGGCAGGGCGAGAUUUGGCGGGUGGACGAACAGAAUCGAAUCUGUGCGGAUUGAUGUGUACUGGGCAGUGUAG